CUUUGUAGAUACUCCCAUCCUCCAGAAGCAUAGAAGGAAAGGAAUAAAAGAGUAGCUUCCUAGCUUGCUACUUUGUACCUUUCUCUGUGUGUAUGGGCAGCAGCUCAAAGCUGAGCUCCAUAAGAUUUCCCAUGAUAAGCCAAGGGGCAGGACCCCCAAAGAGGGAUGUUACAGGGCAGGAUACUACAAUGGCUCACUUAAGGAAAAGAAGAAAAGGAGGAUUGAGAGUAACUCUGGCCUCUGCCUUAGUGACUGUUAACAAAGGGUGUUGGUGGCAAGCCCUCUUGGCUAUCCUUUCCUGUUUCUUCAUUACCAUCCUUGCACAUGAUGAAGGGUCUUCAGUUGUUCCUCACCAGACCCUCCUUGACUCGAUACCAGUGCUGUCAUACUUGCAGCCUGACUUGCUCCCAUUCCAGAACCUGACCAAUGGCACACUAGUGAAGCCUAACCAAGAAGUGUUAAAUUGCACUACAGAAAGGCAAACUGAUUCUUCAACAGCUAGAAGCUCACUGGUGCAUGUGGUAAGGGCCACAGAUCAGCUAUACCUCCCAGAAGAUAAUGGUCUUGAUGCUAGGAGAACAGACUCUGGUACACCUGCUGCUAGUACAGGUGCCUCUAGAAAGUUGGAAGCUUCAGCAGCCAAGAACCUGGUAGCACAAAUGCUACUGGCCAAAACAGCUGUAUUCUCCCAAAUACCAUCACUUCUGGCAGAUGUUGGUUCUUCUCGCUCAGAAAUGAGUAUGACGGGUCCAACUCCAACUGCAGAGCUAUUCAAACCAUCCCUGGAUUCUGCAUCUCUUACUGCUCACUUGAGUCCUGCCUCUCAGUUGAAGGAAGAAGUGGCUGUAGAAAGCCUUCCAAAUGAGGAAUGGGGUCUGUCUAAAGCAAGCCAGUCCUUUCCUACAACAAUGGCUUCCGCCCCUGGCCUAGAUCAGAUGACCACUAAAUCUAGUUCAACUAGCAUCCCAACUCCACCUGUGGGUGAGGUGUGGCAGCCAUCUAGAUCAAGAAAAGAAACUUCCCACUUGGUGUUACUGAUCACAAGUCCAUCUGUGCCAACCAACCCAGCUGCUGCUUCCAUGCAAGAUAUUUGGACCACAGAAACAAACUUCCCAAAUGGCAUCUCUGCUGUGAUAGCAAGUUCUCCUUCCCUCCCUGGCAACCCAAGGUCAGCUUCCCCUACCUGCUUAAGCAAUGUGGCUGGUCAUGGCCCCACAGAUUUGGCACAGUCUGACUCUGUCCCUGAAACACAGCCAGGUUCUCUGAUCCCAUCUCCUGCAGCAAAAGAGAGAACUGUGGAUUCUGCUGACAGUGUAGUAGCGAUUGACCAGGAAUCCCUUCCAACUGAACUAGCUCAUAAGCUGGCCACGACUACAACCCAUCUUCCUGCUAGCCUCCCACAGUCCACUAAUCUACCCCCAGCCACAGCCUCUGUGGCAACGCUGCUCUCUGCUAAGCUAAUGGCUGACACCAUGUCUUCUGCACCACUGCAGACAGGUGAUCUGACCCACUUCACUGAACCACCACCUCCUAGGUCUGUGAUGCUGCUAAAUGCAUCGGAAGGCCCCACUGAGGAAGCAGAAAGUGAAGAGAAGCCUGCUACAGCCAGAUUUAGUAGGGCAUGGCUGACAAAGGCGACCACAACCAGGUGGCCAAUGCAACCUGAAUGGGCUGGUGCUACUGAGGAGUCAAGUAUCCCAUCAGAUGUUCUUGUUUUGCCCCUUGCAACCACUCUUGCUGAUUUGCACCAUGCAAGUUCAGUAGAAGACUCAGUGGAGGCUCCCUCAUUGCAUGAUGCAAGAAUGGACCUCCUUCCCACUCUGUCAGGAGACAAAAGGGCCCUGGCCCUGACUACCAGCCUGCCAAACUCCAAGAUGCCUGUUGACAUUAUACCAAGCUCUCUGUUAGUAGUGACUCCUGAGCCACCCACCCUUCCUGGAAUUUCUGGUGUAGUAAGUAGUCCUCUCCCUCCUGCUGAGGCAGCAGUCAGCAGUGCCCCUUAUCUGACCAGAGCUGCUGCAGAAGCCUCCACUGCAGAUACAGCUGAAAUGCCUGAAUUCAGCACUUUUACAGUCAAACAUCCCUCUGGCCCAAGAGAACUUGGUACAGUGCCUCCCACUAUAGAGAGCUAUCUGCCUAUGGAGCAUAUGGACUACAAACUGAAAGACCAUACUGAUAUGUGGUUAGGUACUGGCCCUGAUCCUACUGCCUUAUCAGCCCAGGUAUUGGAUCUGGGUACAGCUGGGGAGCAUCUGGCUUAUGAACCUGAAGACAACAUGGCUAUGCUGACAGGUACCAGUUCUGAUCUCACUACCUCGCUGGGCCAGGUGUUGGAUCUUGGCCCUGCUGGGGUGCAAACUGGCUGUCUUAGACCAGUUCUUGCACACACCUCUAACAGCUUAACAGUAGUACCUUCCACUUGGGCCCAGGUGGGAGUAUCUGGUUCUAGUGGGACUCUAGCCAGCAUCAUUUGGACUCUGACACACUCUGCAGUUUUAAAUGAGAGAAGCGUUUUGUCUGCUGUAAGCCCUGCUGUUGACUCUCUGCCUAAAGAGACUACAAGCCAUUCUCCCUACCACGUGCUGCCUGUCAGCAAAAACACAAAAGCAGAGUCCAGCCUGUUUGCUUGCUACCCCAGACCAUCUGCUGGUACCUCAGAAGCCAACCCAUCUGCAAAUGCCACUAGUGCAACUCCCUACAGUGAGCUGGCUGGAAACACAAUGUUCUCUGAGGAAGAACAGAUGUCUGCAGCUGUUAAGGCAGUAACUGCACUUCCAACUGCUGCCUCAGAGCUACUUGGACCAUCGACUGACUUGCCUUCCAGCUCUGCUGAACCACAAGUGCCACCGAGGCGAAGACCUUAUGCACUUGAAGCAGGACUAAGAACACCAACCAUGCCAGUGGGCUCCACCUCCUCCCGCUCACCAUCAUCUCUGCUAGGUGUGAGCAGCAUCCCAUCUAUGCCAGUGAAGGUGCUUCCUAAUGCCCUGGAGGAGCCCUUCUCUGUGCCACUGCCAUCAAAAAUGAGCGGGCAUGCUUCAAGCAUUACAGUAACAGAAACUGAUGCACCUCUCCUCCAAGGUGGUACUCUGGGCAGCACUGGGAGGAUACUACUCACAGAUUUCACUGCUGCUAGAACAGAACCCAUUCUGGGACCUGCAACCACAGUUGGUGCCUUGACUGACCUGUCUAGUGUGAUCCCUCCUGAGUGGGAUCAUCGUCUUGUCGGCCAUCUCUCAAUGGCUUUGACCUCUCCCAAAGCAAAGGAGCUGCAAAGCACUUCCACUGCUCCUGCACAGAGCUCUACAGCUGCUGAUCCCUCCAAGACUAGCAGGCAUGCUGCUACCCAGACUGUGGGCUCUAGGGUUACAGAUGCCUUCCUGGCUGUUAUGAGGAAUGUGACUGUGCUCAGCAGGACUUCUAGUCCUAUGGCCUCCAGUGUACCAGAAGCCCCACAUGUAACUGCCUUCCCAUCUAAGAGCACGGAUGGCCUAGCUCAGUCUCUACCUAGACAAGCUUAUCGCCUACAUCUAAAUGCAGCUGUCACUAAUGUGGCUGCAUCAUCUACAUGGAAACCCACACUGCCAACUUUGAGAGAACACAAGGUCACAGAUGUGCCUGCCAAGCCAGCCAGUCCAAGUAUGUCAAUCUCCAUCAGCUUUCCUGUCCUUGCUGCUGAAGUAGCAACAACCAUGCACAUGGAGUCCAAGGCUCAGCCAGUCAGAAGUGUAACUGCUGGGGCAGCAGUUCCUACAAGUGCACUGUUCACUAGCACAAGCUUGACCCAGUCCUCGAGCUCUACAGCUCCCAUAUUGGAGACUCUCUCUGAAGCCAAGCCUAUGGCAGUCACUUCCUAUCCUAGUCCCUCCAGCGUUCUACCAGCGUCACCUGCAAUAGCUUCAACUGGUGUCAAAGUGCACACUGGCCCCAGUAUGCAGCUUCCUGCGACACUGCCUACCACAGCCUCAGAGCCAACUUGGUUGACAAACUGCACAGAGACCUUCUGCAAUGGGACCACUGUACCAGCAUGGCCUACAAUUCAUCCUACCUUGGCUGUGUCCACCCACUUGCUUCCAACUUCCCCACCUCCUUCAACAGCAAAAAGAGAGCCCCGUAUCUUAAAAAGAACAAUGGCUGCAAGAUGGAACUUGACAACUGCAGUGACAACCAAGAUAAGCAAGCAGGAAGUUACAACUGAAACUGGUCCCACAUCCAAGCAACCAGUAUUCCAAAAACAUCCUCCAACACUGAGCUGGUCCACUGAGGGAGGGAGCCAGACUACAUCUUCUGUACAGGAAACAGCUGUACAUGUUUUACCUCUGCAAUUCUGCCUCACAGGGAUUACAUACACAGAGUUCCUGGAGAGCAAGUCCUCUAGAAGCUACAAGAAGCUGGAGAGGGAAGUGAUGCUAACUCUAAACAAAAUGUUUUCCACCUACAAGAACUUUCUCCAAACAAACAUUCUUAAAUUUGUGAACGGCUCUGUCCUCGUUAAGAGCGAGGCUCUAUUCCAGGGAGGUGGCCCAGUUCCUACAAACUCUGACCUUAUCCGUACCUUGCUGACGGGAGUGGAGAAAGAAAUGGAUACUUUUUUUGACUGGAGAGUGGAUGUCCAGUCUAUUCAGUCAAAUGGCUUCAGUGUGAAGAACCUAGAACCAGAGAAGUUGUCCAUCUCGCUUGUUGCUCUGAGACUUGGCUCUACAGUAUUUGGUGAUGUGGAUGGCACAAGCUUUCUGUACAGACUAAAAAAUGAGGUUAUCCAGUCUCUGGGUGCUCUGUAUCAAGUGAGGAAUCUCUCCCUUGUUAGACUCAGGAAUGUCAAAGGUGAUUUGGAGGUUAGAGGAGAAGUCUACAUUGACACACAUGCCCAUGCUGAUGUUGGCCAGGUUCUGCAAGCACUGAAGGGGCUUGCUAAUUUCUCCGUGGACCUGACCUCUCUCUCAGUGGAUGGGUCAAGGCUUAGCUUGCAGGUCUUCCCAAUCUCUUUCACUAUCACCAACAAGAUGCUGAAAGAGGAGUUGGUGGACCACUCCUCGGUGGAACACCAGGAUCUCACUAGAGAUCUUGCUGAUGUGCUGAUGCAUGCUUUGAGGACAUACAACACUCUCCUGCAAGUGGUGAUUCGAGACCUCCUAAGUGGCUCCCUGAUGUGUCAUGGUGAUGUGAUAUUCCAGCCCUCUGCUCCCUCCAGCAUGGAUGUCCUUAAGACUCUUGUUGAUUCAGUUGGUCCAAAUGAUGCCUUGGCUGGGUCGCACUUCCAGGUGGACCCAUACUCUUUUAUUGUGGCAGACAGCCAGCUGGAACCGCCUCUUGUGUAUCCAAGCCUUCCUGGAUAUGGAGUGGCAAUCAUUGUUGUGUGCACGCUUGUUGUUCUAGCUGUCAUCCUCUCUCUGCUGUGUCUAAAGCCCAAAGUUUUUGGCUGGCGUGACCAGAUCAAAAUAGGAAGCAGGAAAGAUCCUGAAGCAGGAGUGCAAACUUUUGAAAUGGACCGUCCAGGAUUCUCCUCUACCACUCCAGAGGGUCAUGGCAGAUGUUCGUAUGCCCCAGGAAAACAAAGUGCCAGAGACUGAAGAUGCAGCAUACAAGUCUUUCAACCUGCUCUGGGAGUCUUCAAAGCGCUUGUUCCUCAAGAAGGUAUCUGAGUGGAGGCAACCUCUCACUUGGUUAACUUUGGUACUGUCCUUGGUACUUUAAUUUGUGGAUGUAUGAAAGAGCAAUUACCUGUCUGCACCAUGAAUAAAUGCUGCCUACACUAUAGAACUGUGAAACUAGCUGCAACUGGAUUUUUUUUUUUCUCUUUUUUUUUUUUUUUUUUUUUUUUUUUUUUUUC